AGCUGUAAGAGACAGGCAUUCCUCCUGGAGAAGAUAGGCUCGGUCUUUGUUCUCAUCACUCUUUAAGCUCAUACUAUCUGAAUUCCACAUCACUUGCACCACCACGACUAGUGUUUGCUUUUCCCAACAACCAAAUCCUGCAACGUAUGUAGACGUCCGAGUUCCUGAAGGUGGAUCUGCAAGCAUCCAAGUGCAAAAAGGAAACCCAGAGAGAGAUGAGCACUGUCCCGCCGGGGUAUCGUUUCUACCCAACCGAAGAAGAAUUGAUUGGCUUCUAUCUCCAGAACAAGCUGGAGAACAGAAGAGAGGACAUGGAGCAGGUCAUUCCUGUGGCUGAUAUGUAUUGCUUCGAUCCAUGGCAGCUUCCUCCGAUGUCAGGAGAGCCGUGCAGAGGAGACGGAGAGCAAUGGUUCUUCUUCUGUCCGAGGCAGGAGCGAGAGGCGCGGGGAGGGCGGCCGACGCGCACCACGCCGUCGGGAUACUGGAAGGCGACGGGGUCCCCGAGCCUCGUGUACUCGUCCGCCAACCGAGUCAUGGGCGUGAAGAGGACCAUGGUGUUCCACCAAGGGAGAGCUCCCGUGGGAACCAAGACUAAGUGGAAGAUGAACGAGUAUAGAGCGGUGGAGGAAGGUGCGAGCAGCAUUAUUGCAAGUUUGGCUCCACAGCCUCGCGGCGAGUAUAGCUUGUGUCGCGUGUACACCAAAUCGGGGUGCAUAAGAUCAUUCGAUCGACGUCCUUCUUCUUGUUCUUCUUCUUCUGCUGCUGCUGCUGCAACUAAUAUCGAUGCACAAAGAACGCCCGAGGUGCUGCCAUCUCUUUGUGUUCCUGCUUCAGCAAACAGGCCUCCAUCUUAUGGCGAUAGCUCUCGCCGUUCCGAGGGUCAACGAGGAGAGGAUGACCUGUGGUUGAUCACCGACGACGAAUGCUACUCGUUGCAGGACUGGUUCUGAAGAUUCACAGCUAAAUGUUCUUCAUGAAUCAUAGCACUGUGGAUUAAGCAGCCUUAGCUUACUUUAUUUAGAAUAUUAAUAUCCAAGAAGAGAGAGAGAGAGAGAGAGAGAGAGAGACGAGCAACACUGUGGGGAGACAGCGACUUAACCUGGCUUUAACACUUAUUUU